CGGUCCAGCGGCGACCGCACCCGCCCAUCCUCCUCCGCCUCUGCCAACCGCGCCUGGCUGCUGCUCCCGGCUCACCGGCCCGCCUCCCCGACGGAGAGAGAAGCCGCCUCCCGCCCGCCCGUCGCCAGCCGCGACCGGAGAGCCCAUACGCGGACCACGCCGGCCGAGCACCCGCCAUGUCGGAGGAGCCGGCGCGGAGCUCCACGGAGUCCUCCUCCGGGGCGUCCUCGGGGCCCGACUUCGUGCUCAGGCUCCGUCCCCCGGGCUCCGACCCCGACCGCAGCAGCGCCGCCUCCACCUCCGACCCCGCCGCCCGCGCCCGCAGCCGCUCCCCGCGCGCCCCCGACGCCCCGCCGCCGCCGCCCUCCAACAGGCCGCGGGUGGUGGGGUGGCCUCCGGUUCGGCGCCGCCCAAACAAGGUCAAGUUCGUCAAGGUGGCCGUGGCCGGCGCACCGUACCAGCGCAAGGUGGACCUCGAGGCGUACGCGGGCUACGACCAGCUGCUCGCCGCGCUCCAGGACAAGUUCACCGCCCACUUCACCGUCCGCCGGGGGGCGAACGAGGAGAUGGAGCUCGUCGACGUCGUGAGCGGCGUCGAGUACGUGCCGACUUACGAGGACAAGGACGGCGACUGGAUGCUCGUCGGAGACGUCCCCUGGAGGUCAGCUUUAAUUGGAGCUCCUUCCUCGCUAAUGUUUGUGGAAACCUGCCAACGUCUUCGUCUGAUGAAAAACUCCGAGGUGGUUAACUUGGCGCCAAGAGUUGGUGAAUGACAAUAUGAGGCACACCUACACUCCUUUUCUACGGACUGCUUGCUGAGGUUGGUCUUGUGUAACAGAGAGAAACAUGUACAGCCAUCGACUUCAACUUUGGGUUUUGGUUCCAGCACGAACUGAGAAGAGUUUAUAGCCUGUAGCAUCACCAGUUGUUGGUGCCAACAUACAUAUAGACGAGCAAGAUGUUUAUGCUUUUGAAAUACACCUAUAGUUUUGUCAUAUGACGAAUAAGACAAGGUUGGAGCCACCCCUGUUCUUUUCCAUCUCGUGUGCUAGUUUUCCAGAUUUUGUGAUGGGCGAUGCAAGGCCCCCUGGUAUGGUAACGCUAGAACACUUCAUGUUAUGCAACGGUUUUGCUCUGAGUUGUGUUUAUUGAAUGGUACACUAUGUAUUAUCUGGCUAUUGUUCUU